GUGUACUUCAGCAACCCUCUUCUGCCUUCCUCCCACGACCAAGGUAAAAUCCUACAUUUUGAUAGCUGCUAGCCAUGAAUAUUUUGACUGUCGCGGUAUCGCUUGCACUUGCCUCUGCCCAGGUACAGGCGCUCGGCUGGAGCUUCAACAAGCGUGUUAUUGGCGGCGGAAGUGCCUCGCCUGAAGAGUUUCCCUUUCUUGUAACAAUCUCGCGCACCACCGACAAAGGGAUCGAGUUCAUCUGCGGCGGAUCGAUAAUCCACAAGCACGUCAUUGUCACAGCAGCCAGCUGCUUCACCAACGGAACCACUGGCGAUGUGGUAUCACCGAGCAGACUGCUGGUCGGAUUCGGAAACCACAACCGUAAAAAGCAGCUACUAUACCCUGCCAUUGACCUUGUUGUUCACCCAGAAUAUGAGCCAAAGGGAAACGCGAACAAUAUUGCCCUGGUUUCCGUCCCAGCUUUGCCACUGGAUAACAGCAACGUUGCAAAGAUCCCUGUAUUCAAGGGCAAGGUUGUUGAUGGCUCGGCAAUGAACUUUGCUGGCUGGGGAAGCAGGACCAACGCUACCAAAAAUGACACAUCGUCAGACAUUCUGAGAAAAACCAUCGUCAAGGUGGGCUCAUCCGACAAGUGCAGGAAGUAUCUCAAGGGAUUCCAGACCAGCAACGGCCCGCAGACAUGUACACAGAACAGCCUGACACCGAACUCUGGUGCAUGUGGGCGCGACUGGGGAUCGGGUCUUGUUGGUUUCGUGAAGAACAAGCCGUACCUGAUUGGGUUGGCAAGUCACGGAACUGAUCCUGAUCAGAAAGGCAGCCAGGCUUGUGCUCAGCCCACGGGCUUUGGAGUGUACACGCAUGUAAAUUACUACAUUGGCUUUAUCGCCAACACUACGAACCUCCCUGCCUCGACAUUUUACUAAUUGUUUUUUGUAUAAAGAAUCCAGCACCUGCGAAAACAACCAGUAAAAGGCCGCAUCAUGUGAUACCCAUAUAUCUUAUAAAAAAACCAACCACAUGUAUAUAUGAGAAGCAAAACGUUUUCGAAUCGUUUUGUUUUUGGUUUAUCAUUA